UGAAUAGGGAUAGCAUCAAAAUAUGUCGAUAGAAAGAUGGCCUGAGACAUCAACCUUUUCACAAGUCAUUCAUAGGGUUCGAAAAGCCCACCAACCUACGGAAACUAUAGAGAACACAAUACAAGUCUAUUUGCCCAAAGCUAUAGAGAUAUUUUGUGCAAAGAGCGUCAGAGAAAACAAGGAAAGUUCACAAAGUGGACAACGACAACAAGUGAUGUGGAGAGGAAAGAAGCUGGAACCUUCAGAAGCUGAGUGGUUGAAAGCGAAACAACUCAGUGAAGUGCUGGGAACAUCUGAAAGCUUAGCGGUCCUUUUGAUUAGGGAAUAUAUUUCUGCAGUUUAUGUGAAAUUCAACGAUUCUGUUGCAGAUUUGUCGUUGUUUGAUUUGAUAAAGUAUUUUUACUCGGAUGAACAUGCUGCAUAUUGCUUUCUUGCACAGAUAUUAGAUAUCUGUCAAGAUCAAGAACAUCCUUUGCAUGCUUUGUGUAAUGAAAUUUGGUCUAGUAAAGUUGAGAGCGAAGUAUUUAAACUAGAUGAAAAGAAUUAUUCAUUUGCCAAUUUGGGAUUGCAAAUGUUGAAUCAUAUUUUGGAUAGUGAAGGUAUUCUCGUAGGUUGGAAGCAGUCAUCGAAUUUAUUAAAUUAUGACAAAUAUCGUCAAGAAGUGUUGGAGUUUGAAUCUUAUCGUCUUUUAUGGACUUUGGAAUUAUUGUUCUUAUAUCAUUAUUCUCAUAGGUGUUCUCUAAACAAACUUUUGGAAUUGGUUCAAUUGUUACCGAAAAUGACUACAAUCAUAGAAACUACUCGAACUUGGCAUUGGAAAUGUUAUCUUACCUUUCAUGGUCUUUUGAUCGAAAUAUUGUGUUUAGAAGAAUGGAUAGACAUGCAAUGGGGAACAUCACAGGACGACAACAAUUCUAUAACAGAACACCAAACCGAGACUGUUUCCAAGUCAUAUAGCGACAUCGACCUUACUGGACUAUGUACACAAAUGGAAGCUUUAUUUUCAUCUAGAAAUAAUGUUGGUACUAUUUCCAUAGCAGAAUUGGUUUGGUCCGUUUUUCUAUAUCUUAUUUCGCAUAAGAAAUGGGAACAUCAAGAAAGUCUCUUAUCUGAACACCAACGACAGUUGUGGUCAUCUUGUGCUCGAAUGCACUUUUCACAAGCAGUUUCGAGUGGUGCAAUUGAACAACUUGAUCAAAUAUUGCGUAAUACACCUUUUGUGAAUCCUUAUUCGCUACAAGAGACACAUGGAAAGUUGAAUGGCAUCUUUUUUGGUUUUUUAGAGACGCUCUUUGUAUCUUUUAUUCCUCGACAAUUGAAUGUUUCUGAGCGUACCAUCCUGAAUCGACUGUUUGUGAGUACCAUGAAGAAUAUUGUUCCUAUUAUUCAACAUAUUUGGUGGAUUUUUCAAGAAGCAUCCGAUGGGAAGUACAACAAUGGCUAUCAUGGUUUAUUACUACAUUCCUUGGCUCAAUUUCCACUUGAGAUGCAGUUAAGUUGUCAGUUACUGAGUGGUUUGAUUGGGAAUGAAUGGAGUGCUUAUCGUGUAUUUCAAUUAAUUGAAAAUGAGUUGCCAUUUUACACGAGCAAUGUGGAUCCCAAUAAUAUAUCCAAUAUUCACUUAUUAUCAUUGGAACAGUUCCGAAUUCAAUGCAACGAAGAUUGGUUAUUUUCAAAAUGGGCUACAUUAGGAGUUCCCGUUGUUUGGAAUGGAUAUUUGAUGACACAAGAUGGACAAAAAAGUAGUUACAAUUGUAUUGGUUUCUAUGUGGAAUCGGAAUCCAAAGUUGUUUGGAGAAUGCAUUGGAAUGGUUGGAAGUAUAUUUCUUAUUUUAUUCGAAAGGUGUUGGAAGCUUUGAAAUGGAAUGAAGACUCAUGGAAAGCUUACUAUUCGGAGCUGAUUGGUUUGCUGGAAUUGAUUCAUCGUUUGAUAAUACAUGGAGAUGAUUCAUGUAUAAAUGGCAUUCUUUCAUAUAUUGAUGCGAAAAAUUGGAUUGCUCUUUACAGUGCUUUUAUGGACAACUUUUUAAGAACAGAGCCAUAUACAUUAAGAGGUGAAGACACACAAGAGUUAAAAAUGAAACAGUAUCAUAUUUUACAAGAUAUCCUUCAUUGUUUGAAUGGUUUUGUUGUAUCGAGUCCACAUUUGGUUUCAUUAUUAUGUGAACAUGUAGAAGAAUGGUGUGAUUGGUUUCCCAAGUUAUCCAAAUAUACUUCCAUUCUUUCUUCUAUGUUACAGAUAUGGACAUGUUUAUUACAUAGUGGUUUUGAUUUAUCCGAUGAAAAGAAGAAGAGAAUGUUUUCUCAAUCACUUUAUCUUUUGAGAACUAGGAGACCUAUUGGUAAUAGACUCUUAUGGGAGACAAGUGAUGAUAUGUAUCUUUAUAUCAAUUGUAUUCUUUCUCUUUCAAAUGCACCGUUGGAGAUUCUGUUUCCUUUGGAUUGGAUAAAGCCUUUGGAACAUUUUUGUGAUAUGUGGCUCUCUAAAAGACAUGAGGAAAGGAAUACUUGGUUAUCUAGCUUGGAAUGGAACACUUUGGAUUGGAGAUGGUUUGACAAACAAAAUGAAGAACAAAGAAUACAACAGGGUUAUUCUCUUUUAGGAUAUUGUUUGGUUCAUUUUAUUUACAAACAGAAUUGUACCAAGAAUAGUAGUCUUUUGUCUCAUUGGUGGACAACUUUGGCUCAUUCUCGUGGUUUGAUAAGAGUAUUGGCUUAUUUAUCUUUCAAUGCACAACAAUUUGCUGUGGUUCACGAACAAAUAUUGAAAUAUGUAUUGUUGGAAUUGGAAUGGAACGAUUCUAAUUGGCCAAAGUUCAUUCAGUUCUUAUUUGGAGAACAAGUCGAUAAUCAACGUUCAUCAUCGUACAUGAUUGCUUCUAGGUGUUUGAUACAACUCUUUCAAGGUCUAAGUUCAAAUCCUUUUCAUCAAGACUCCAUUCCACAGGUAUUAUGGCCUGAAGAUGAGGAGGCUCAUAUCUUGGUCAAUUCAUUUCUAUUUAAUGUCAUAUCUUCAGAUGGCUUUUUGAAAAGUAAGAAUAUGGACUUUGAAUGGCUAUCUACUUGUGUAGAUUUAUUGAGUACUUUGAAAAGUCGAUUAUUGGAUAGCAACAGUUGUUUGGAACGUGGAGAUGGAAUUCGUUUUCUUUCCUUGGUGAAUUUAUUGAAAGAAGCGUGGCUUAGUUUUGGUAGUGUUUGGUUACAAGAUGUUUGGGAAAAAUUUGGUGUGUGGAGGUUGCUGCUUUCCUUUGUGAAUCGGGAAUGGAAUAAAGAAAAUGUCUUUGCAUGGGUAUGUCGACUUUUGGAGAACAAAGAUGACAAAGAUUAUCUGGAUGAAAUGGCAGGUUGGCUGCAAGGCAUUUCUGUAUUAUUGAACUGGUUUGCCUUGGAGAUAUUUGAUGCUUUUCGUUUUUCAAAUGAGGAUGACGAUGAAAAUGCUACUUUUCUUUGGUCUCUUACUUAUCAAGAACUGGAUUUGGAUGGUUUGGAAUAUUUAUGGACGAAAUGUAUUGAAAUUUGGUUGCAAAGCAUUCAAACUAUGGAUGGAAAGGAAUCAUGUCCACAUUUAUAUUCCAUUAUGAGAACUUAUGAAAAUUGGUUUUAUCAAUGGAAGAAGGACGAGAAAGAUUGGCAAGAAUGGAUACCAUUAUGGUAUUAUGAAACUAUUUGUAUUAUUCCUGGAGAAUGUUUUUAUGAUAUUUCUUAUCAUCCUUAUGCCCAUUUUUGGAGUAAAAAGGACGUUGAGUUAUUGGAGAAAAUGCAUCUUCAGACGAGUCGCUUUCAAGCAAUUGGAAAAUGCAUCGAUUCUUUGUAUCAUUUGUAUUUUGCAACGAUGGUGAGAAUUUCCACAGAGAAGAAUCGAUAUCAUUCUUUUUGGAGUCACAUGUGGAACAAGAUAUUGGACUAUUUGUCUUGUCUUCCUUGUGUAAUGACUUUAGUUGAUGGAAUUCUUGCACAAUGGUUAUUAGAUAUGGCACAUCAUUCCAAGUUGCAAGAUGAUAUUUAUCCAUUGGAUGCUGAUCACAUUUUAUUGUUAAAUAAGGCUUGGAAACAAUCAAAGAAUGUUUUUACCUUUUUGGAUAUGUAUCAAAUAACAUCUGUUCCAUAUCGUUUGAAUUUAUUGAGUUUAUGGCAACAACCAUGGGAAAGAAAUCGCAAGUGGUUUCAAGUGCAUUUACUAUUUAUUCUAAGUAAAGUCUUAUCAAAACAAAGAAGACACAAUCCUUAUAUUUCAUUAUCCGAAGACCAAAUCGACAAGUCUGAAAAUACUUUGCAGAAUACAACAACUCUAUUCCAAGUUAUCAGUCAAAUAUUACAAGAUGCCAUGCAAGAAGACGAAGUAAACUCUAUUGAAUUCAAAGCAGUUUAUAUGCAUGCCUGGAGUGUCUUAUUGUGCCAUUUGCCUUGUGCAUUUUUACAAACUUUAUAUCCCAAUAUGCUGAAGGAAUGGUCACAACGAAUAUUAGGGUUAUGGAAGGAAUGGAUAUCUAUGCAAAGUACAAAUGGGGAACAAGAGAAUAGAAUCACUUUGUUAUUGUCAAGUCGAUGGAGAAUCAUGGAUCAGUUGCUACUUAUGCAUAUCCAAUUGUGGUUAGCUAUACCUGAUUCUUCUCAUUGUUUACAAUGGAAGGAAAGUUUUCUCCAAGAGUGUAUAUCUUAUGCGUCAUUAGAUAUACAAUCCGAUGUAGUUCCUUACUUUGAUAGUCAAAAUGCUCCUAAUAUACAACAUUUUUAUGAUACUUUAUUGAGACAACGACAACCAUGGCAUCGUUAUUGGGUACAUCGAUUAGCUGCCUUAUCAUUGCAUGGUUUCGUAUCAGAGAGUCAUCAUUCUUCACAUCAAGUUGUAUUGCAAUGGAUAUCCACUCAUGUUUCAUUCAUUGAAGAGUCGUUGCAUUUAUUUCCUCGACCAUUGGGAGAUAUGAACAACGAAGAACAAAUGGGGAGUCCUCAUGCUUAUUGGAACCUUGCCAGAAUAGAAGAAAUGGAACAAUUAUGCACCUUACUGCAUAGUCUAUAUAGUGAUUCCAAGUCAUUGUUUCAAAACUAUCUUCCAGAAGUAUAUCGUCAUUUGCUUAUUUGUCUCUAUAGAUAUCUUUAUCAAUUGUAUCGUUUACUACAAAAUGGAGUAUUCAUAGAAUGGUGGAUAAAGCCAAUGACAACUUUAGAACAUGAACAAAGUAAUACAAGUCCUAAUAAUAUCAAGGCCAAGUCAUUUUCAUCUGAAUGGACAAAAGAAGACGAAGAAACUGAAGGAGUUCAUUUUCAAUGGACUGGCACUUCACCUCUUAUUCCAUCGACACCACAAGCUACAUCACCCGUAUUUUGGAAACGAAGAUUGGAAUUAUCUCCUAAGAAGUUAGCUUUGACUCAAACUUUUUCUGAGAAGAAGAGAGGAUACAAAAGUAUAUUUGGUCAACGUGUAUUGAAUUCUUUGAUGAGAAGUUUGAUGUUAACUAUGAGUUGUUGGAAAUAUGCCAUUCAACAAGAUUGGGAGAACAUCGAUUGGGAACCAAGUCUAUUUUUAUCUUCUCAAAAGCCUAGUCUUGGGAUAUUUUUAGCUAUUCCUAUUAUGCUCGUUCCUUAUUCAUGUUCUAUUUCAUCAAACACUGUCUUGAGUUGGUAUUUGGAUCACAUUUUAGAUGAUUGUUUUCUGAUUGUUUGUAUAUCUGGUCGUCGAUAUGAACAACAACAAACUUCUUUACAGGUGAAAGAAUAUACAGUCUUUGAGGUUGAAAGAAGAUAUUGCGAAACGUUGGUUUCCUAUUAUGGAAACCAUUCAGAAACGUUGUAUGAGAGAUUCUGAUCGUUGGUAUAGUUGGAAAUGUGUGAAAG